AUGCCGCGCAGUCUCGCCCACUCGCUCCUGGGCGCUCAAGCUGAAGAAAUCGUCGCUCUGGUACAGGAGCGCGUGCACUCGACAAGCGUGGGCGUGGACGCUGCGUUUACGUUCCUGUUGCAAGUAAUUGAAGAACUGGAUGAUGCUGUCGAGGAGGUGCUACCUUCUCCGCCACAUGCUGAGCCACUGAUUCUGGAUCACGAAGUGGAGCUCGGCACGCUCUUGUCUGCUGCAUCGUUGGCUGUUCGAUACGUGACGGAGCGACAAGCGAUGGGGCCGGUGUUGCAGCGUUACCGUGAUGCAUUUGAGACAGUGUUGCGGUAUCCAGUAUGGACACAUGAAAGUUACAGCAGACUGAAAGCCGUGGCGCUGAUGGGGACGACGCGAGUGCUCGAGUCGUUCGGCGAGGACGUUCCGACUGGAGACGUGGUGAAGCAACUGAGAUGGCUGUUCUCGUUGUUUCACGAUUCGAGUGUGCAAGAUCAAGACCUCGCACAGCGUCUGAAUACACUUUUGCGUCCGGCGUGUGAGUACGUGGCUGUGGCAUUGCAGACACACGCUUCAGCUCAAGAUGUUAUCAUUACAGAGGUCCUACCGCGACUUCAACAGCUACUGAUCAAAGAAGGAGCGGACACACAGGAGACGGCAGUAGCUGAAGUCGUCAAGGUGGAAUUGGCCACGACUGUUGCAGUGCUUUUGGAAGCUAAGGCUCCGUACACGUCUCCGAAUGCGUUUGCAUUGCUGACGCUCCCUGAAUUUGUUGAGGAGAUGGAAGCAGACGAAGCCAAGGUUGUGGAUAGUAACGUCAUGUUUGCAGCAGCAGCUGAGGCCAAGACUGAUCGAGUGGAACGUGUUGACGAAGAAGCGAAGAAGCUGUCGGCCACUGCUGCUGCCAAGCAGAUGGAUGAGGAAUGCUGUCAGUUGCUCUGUUCCUGGCUAAAAGUAGAUGCUCGGAAAAUGGUGGCGGCUCAAGCACUUGCCGUUAUGUACCGGACGAUCGCAAGUGGCGUUGAGGUCGAUAGUGAAGCAAAGUGCGCGAUCCCUUUUACUUCACCGCUUGACGAGAUGACAAAAGCACUCAACGACGCCAGCUUGACCACACAGCCUGACUUUGACUUUGUCAAUGCGCUACUCGAGUCGGUCCGAGACAUUUGUCUUUGCCAGCAGAACCUUGCUGCAUUCACGCUCGAAAGUGCUUAUAAAGCGAUGAGUGCUGUAAUGCCUCGACUCGAGACCGCAUUAGCAUUAUUCCCCAAGGAAUAUGUGACCGAACGGCGUCGCAUCAAAGGAUCUUGCUCAACUAUUCGACGCACGCUUGUCGAAGCUUUUCUCUCGUGGCUUCACCAUCCAGACGCGGCCGCUUUGCUUCAACUUCAAGUUGAUUUUUUGCACAACGUGGCUGGUUCGCUUGCGGAUCCUCGUGUAUAUGGUGACGUCUUGGCUGCUCUUCGUGGAUCUAGUGUUCCGGAGGCUCGGACAGAGUACAUAUCAGGUCGACAAGUUGCUGUCGUGACGCUUUGCCAAGCUCUAGAUCAACUCGAUCGGUAUCCCCAGUCCACUGCCAACCGGAUUGUCUCGGGUCUCACUCGAAUCGCAGCAGCCUGCCGUGAAGACAUCCAAUCGCUCGCAAACGAGCUCGUACUGCCUCUACUUCCUUCGAUGCUCGACGGAUCUCAGUGGGGCAAAUUUUUGCGCCUUCGUACUGAAGCUGUGGCAACUGUCCUUGUUGGGUGUGCUGCAAGUGACGACUUCCAGGUAGAAACCUACUCUUGGAUCAGCGAGUUCAUCCAGUUCUUGCUCAAACCGGUCGUGUCUUCUGAGAACGUGCAUUCGUUCAUGGUCUUGAACGGAUUAGUCCGUGCUGAGGAUAAACUGCUCCUUCAUGCCGUGUCGUUUUGCAUGGCGAACCCCCACUUGGUGAAGCAAACUUUACGUGACCCGUUGAUUCGAUGGCCGCUUUACGAAGAAGACGUGGAUCUCGUUGUGGUCACACUGGAGCUGAUGGAAGCGCUGUUGAGUGUCCAGACUCUGCGAGCUUCAGUGGAUGUUGACGUGAUCUACGCCACGAUGUUGCAAUUGUCCGAAAAUGCAGCAACUGAAGGUCUGGAAUCGAUCACAAUGGCCUGUCAGCAGCUGAUGAAGUGCUUGGAGUAG